AUGGUCAAAAAUUUAGUGGAACAAUGCGUCGAUUGUAAUUUCUCUUGUUUUAAUAAUAAUCUGUCUGAUUUUAAUCGGCAUUUAUCAUAUUUUCAUCGCAAUGUAUCUCAUUUUGAUCGAUUAAUUAACACAUUUAUUUCUCCUAUUCAAUUGGCUGCAAAACUCGGUCGACACGAGGAACUUCUUCUUCUUUAUGAACAUCGUAAUAGUCCAACAAAAUUACAACUUGAAAAACGUUGGACAUUCUAUAUCAAUCAUUAUGAUCGAUUACAUAGAGAAGGAAAUGAAAUACUUUUUGAUUAUACUGUAAGUCGUCUUCUUUAUACUCGUAUUACUACUGAACAUACUAAAAUAGUCUUUGAUAAUCUUAUUCCUGCUCUUCGUGAUAUAGAUAAUGCCUCUCAUCGUGGACGAAGUUUAAGUGAUGGAUCUAGACCAGAAAUAUUUCUCCAAGUGCGUAUUUACACUCUCGUCCGAACAAUUAUUGAUAAGAAGAUCAACAAAGAUGAUCAUAUGAUCGAAAUUAUUGAAAAAGAACUUUUACAUAAUUUAGAAACAUAUUAUUUUAUUAUUGGAAUAUUACUUAUUCCAGUAAAUAUUACUAAACCAAUGAUGAAUCAAAGUUUUUCUCGGAUAAAAUCGUCACAAUCAUUAUUAAUGAAAUAUUAUCGAAAAAUCGCAAAAAACCUCAUAAGUAAAAUAAAACAGCUUGAAAUUAAUGAUGAAUAUACUAUUCCAACUGGUUGGAAAGAACAUGCUGUUUGUGUUUCAUUUCGACGUAUUAGUCAAACACAUUUCAUUAUUCGUAAUGACAAUCCUAGUUCUAAAAAUCCACCAAAUAUACACGAAAGGGUGUGGGUGUGGGUGUGGCUUAAGGGUUAG